AUGACUGAAGAAGAGCUUCCUUCAAGUGAUAUUAACCCUGGAAAUGCUCUUGACAGAGUUCAGGAAUGCCAGAAAUACUUAACUCUCCAAAUGUGGACUCAAUACACCUUUUUAUAUAAACAUCUUGCACAGUUUCAAGACAUUCGCGUUCGUGGAGCUGGUAAAAUGCUUCGUGAUGAUGAUGAAUUUACCAAAGCUUGGAAUGCUCUUCGAACUUCCUCCGUAGAUAUGAUGUUAAAAUGCUUAGAAAGUGCGCAGAGUUUUGAAGAAUUCAAACUUUGGAUAAACCACCUUGCUCCAAUUGUCAAUGAUCCACGUACGCUUUGGAAUAUUAUUCAUACAGAAGUUCAAUGCAGUUUGAAAGUGACUCUUGAACAAUCCAGAGAGAUUCAGGAUGCUUUCUUUACUCAUGAAAUGCUUUUCGAAUACAGUCUUGAGUCAUUUUUACACUCAAGUCUCUGUGAUUUCAAAGAAGCAACGACAGAAGAAGGUUUAGUUGAUAUAUUCUAUGCUGCUGCAGGUUUCAUUCGCGCUUGCCAGCUUCCUGAUGAAUACAGAGUUACUCAAAAGCCAUUCAUUGACCAUGUCGAGAAUCUUCUCACUCAUUUCACGGAGAUUCCUGAUUUUGAUGCUAACAGAUUUGUUUGGUUAGUUGAAUCGAUUCAUGAUCACCUCCAUUUAUUGGAAAAUAACUUCAUCCAAAUCUGCAAAUCCGUAUUAGAGAAAAUGAUUAGCCACAAAGAUACAGGAGGUGGCUCAAUCUCUAAGUUAUACAAGAUGUGCGUAAUUUCUACAUCUCCUUUCUUACAAUCUCUCCAAGUUAUCAGGGAUUCAAUUGACAAAGCCUUCGAAGCUGUUUUAAUUGAGCAGCACAGCUUUGCAAGGAAGUAUAUAUUCGGAGGAUACGUCAAUUGUCUUUGGACUGGUCCAGAACAGAAAAGAAUUUCAGAUCCCCUCAGAACAUGGGUUUUAUACAUUAAUAACCUUCAAAAGAAGAUUAAACAGCAUUCAGAACUCCCUGUUCUCCUUCUUGCUGACUUUGUUGAUGAUUCUUUGCAAUAUUUCACUGGAUAUUACGGAGAAGUACAGCCAACAAAGGAAAGAGCUGUUAAUUUGAGGAUGGAUCUCUUCACUAUUGUCCAAACUGUUAAAGAUGUCUAUCCAAUCAAGUUUACAGACGCAUUUCUCAAAAAAUUGUGGUUCUUGCUCACAAUUGUAGCUGUUUGCGGUGCUUCUGAUGAACAGCUACAGAAUAUUAAGCAGGAGAAUGCUAAAGCUGAAGAUCCAUUCCUUGGAUUGAAGCAAAAUGGAAGAGAUUUCGAAGAUUAUUCGUUAGCUUUAGGUGUCUUGCAAAAGAAGUUUAAAGAUGAAGUAGAUUCAUUCCCUAUUAUGAUUGAAUUUAUUAGAAAACGUAUGAAUGGUGUUAUUGAUGAAGAAUAA